AUGGUUGGACCAAAUCCAAACCCUGAAAAGUCAGGAUAUAAUUGCGCGGCUUGUAAUCGUCCGGAUAAUGAAGAGUCGCAAAUGGUAUUUUGUGAUCAUUGUGAGCGAUGGUAUCAUUUUGGUUGCGCCGGUGUUACAGCGGAAAUAAAGGACGUUUCGUGGUGCUGUCAAAAGUGCGUUAGUAUCGGAACCGGCGAUUCGAGUUCGGACGGUCUAAACGAGGAGUUGGAAAAGCUCGAGCAGGAGAAAAAGAAACAGAAAAAGGCACUCAAGAAGGAAAAAGUCUUGCAUCAGAAGCGCUUGGAAAUGCAACAGGAGCUCUUCGAGAUGCGUCAAUCGUUGGAAAAGGAAAAGAGGGAGAUGGAAUUGGCGUUCGAAAAGGCACAGAUAAAUAAAAGGAUCGCUGCUGAAGAAGCGCAUCAGAAAAAGCUGGACGAAAUGCGGACGGAGAUGGAAGGAAAGUUGAAACAGUUGCAAUUAAAACGGAAAAACGAGUUAGUUAAAGAAAAAGACGUUCAAAAGGAUGAAAUAGGAGGUGAAGGAGCGGGAAGCUCGAAAAUGGUAACGCGUAAACAGACGCAACCGGAGCCUGCAGCAUCAGGAAAAGAGCCCGAGAAGAAAAAGUCGGGGAAUAAAAAGCCUGGAAAAGUGGAUCCGUCGUCAACUAGCGUGAGCGAAUUUAGAGGAGCAUACCGCAAACAUUCGACACCGAAAGCAACCGGAAAGUUCGUCGAAAAAUUUGUUAAAGGACCGGCUACUCUGCCGGACAGUUUCAUGUUUGGUAACGCGAGCAAUAAAACACCAACCGGACAUCCAGAAGUUCCCAGGAAGAGCGCCAAGAUUAUGCAAGAGUCGUUCGAAGAAGAUGAGCAUAGUACCGGAUCGGAGCAAGAGAGUUCAGAAGAGGAGGAAGAAGGUGGCGAAAGCGGACAAGAGAGUUCGGCAAAUUCCGAGAAAGAUGAAAGGAAAAAACGAUCGUCUCGAAAAGUUGAUCAUUCGAAACGGGGCGAACAUCGUGAGCCGACUAAAGCACAGUUGUCCGCUCGGCAGUUUUUGUCCAGGAAUUAUGAGACGUCGACGGAGGCGUGCGGCUUUUCCAAUGUCGAAAACCUGGGGCGACUUCAAGAGUGCCUAAAGGGUGAAGCGCUAGAAGCGGUGAGAGGCAGACUACUUUUGCCGAAAUCAGUUCCGAACAUCAUUGAGACCCUACGUAUGCUGUAUGGACGACCAGAGCGCCUACUGAACAUGCUGCUAGCGAAGGUUCGCAACACAGCACCGCCGAAGGCUGAUCGGUUGGUAACUUUCAUAGGGUUCGGAGUGGUAGUCCAACAACUUGCCGAUCAUUUGGAAGCUACCGGACUAACUACGCAUCUGGUGAAUCCGAUGCUCAUUCAAGAGCUAACCGAAAAGCUACCCGCAGGAACACAGCUGGAUUGGGUGCGGUACAGAAGAAGAAGCAAGGUGGUUACACUGCGAACGUUAUCGAAUUUUCUUACGAGUAUCGUACAAGACGCAAGUGAAAUCGUGGCAUACGGAGAAUCAUCCGGAACUGCGGAAUAUGGAUCUAGAAAGAGCAAAACGAAGAUCAGAACGAAUGAAGGGUUUGUGCAUGCACACGACGCAUUGGAAAGUAGACACUCAGGUCUAUCAGUGAAGGAGAGAAUACCGUGUAGAAUCUGUGGUGGACUGAAUCACCGAAUUAGAAACUGUGAUAAGUUUCGAAAACUGUCUCUCGUCGAACGGUGGGAAGCUGUCCGUAAAUGGCAGCUGUGUCAACUGUGCUUGAACGAACACGGAGCGGCUAACUGUAAGCUUAGUUUCCGUUGCGACAUCGAAGGAUGUAAAGAUCGUCACAAUCCUCUGCUACACGCGUUGAGAUCGUCUACCGGUUCAAACUGCAACAUCCAUUCUAGCCAACCGAAGUCUUCCGUAAUCUUUCGAAUGAUACCUGUUACGUUGUACUGCGGAAAGUUUGCAGUAGAUACGAUCGCGUUCCUGGAUGAAGGCUCGUCGUACACUCGGUGGAAAAGGAGAUCAGCUCAGCGUUUUCUGAUAAAAGGCGCUCACACGGUAGAAAGCUUAAAGCUUCCGACGCAUUCCCUACCUCUGUCCGAAAUCGUGAAACAGUACGAUCAUCUACGAGGUUUGCCGAUUGCUGAUAUUCGUUCAGCUACUCCACGGAUUUUGAUCGGGCUAAAGGAUAUACACCUGUACGCGCCGAUAGAAUCCAAAAUUGGUCGGCCAGAAGAGCCGAUAGCGGUCAGAUCGAAGCUAGGCUGGACUAUUUACGGUCCGAUGGAAGCAGUCACGACAAGUAGCGGAAUUGUCGGCCAUCAUACGUGCAGCACCGUUACGAACCAAGAGCUCCACGAUCUGCUUAAGAGCUACUAUACGCUAGAGGAGUCUGGUAUAUCGGUGGCCUUGCUUCCCGAACCAGAAGAAGACAGGAGAGCGAAGGAUAUACUAAAAAAGACAACGAAAAGGAUUGGUGAUUGCUUCGAAACAGGUCUGUUGUGGAAGGAAGAUAAUCCCGAAUUCCCCGAUAGCUAUCUUAUGGCUGUCAAGCGUUUAAAAUGUUUGGAGAAUCGUCUGAGGAAAAAUCCAGAGUUGUACGAUAAAGUACGUAGAACGAUCGCUGACUACUUGGCUAAAGGGUACGCCCACAAGGCGACAUCGUCAGAGCUAGCGGCAUUUGAUAGCAACAAAGUGUGGCAUGUGCCGCUGAAUUUCGUUUACAAUCCAAAGAAGGAGAAGUUUCGCCUAGUAUGGGAUGCAAGAGCAGAAGUUAGAGGAGUUUCGCUAAACUCAAAGCUAUUGAAGGUACCAGAUAUGCUAACCGCCCUACCAGCUGUUAUAUCUAAGUUCCGAGAGCGGGAAAUCGGUUUUGGCGCGGACAUCAAGGAGAUGUACCACCAGUUACGGAUUCGAGAUGAAGAUAAGCGAGUACAAAGAUUCCUGUUCCGGAACGAUUCGUCCGCGAAGCCGGAUGUUUACGUAAUGGACGUGGCAACGUUUGGAUCGACGAGUUCGCCAUGCUCCGCACAAUAUGUAAAAAACAUAAACGCGAAAGAAUAUGCGGGACAGUUUCCAGCGGCUGCAAAAGCCAUAAUCGAAAAUCACUACGUCGAUGACUACUUCGACAGCGCGGACACAAUCGAAGAAGCAGUGGAACGAGCAAAAGAUGUGCGUUACGUCCAUUCCAAGGGUGGUUUCGAGCUACGAAACUGGGUCUCCAACUCCGACGAGUUUUUAGUAGCCUUGGGAGAACGAAAAGCCAAUCAGUGCGUACGCUUUAGUGAAGAUAAGGAAUCCGGAUCCGAGCGAGUACUAGGGAUCGUAUGGAGUCCCGCUAGCGAUGAAUUUUCGUUUUCCACCACGUCGAGAGACGAUCUAACACCAUUUCUAUUCGGUGAGCGACUACCAACGAAAAGAAUCGUGAUGAGUUGCGUGAUGAGCUUCUUUGACCCGUUAGGACUGUUGUCGAACUUUACGUUUUAUGGCAAGUUACUGAUUCAAGAUCUAUGGCGCAGCGGAUGCGAGUGGGAUCAGCAAAUCGAUAGCGAUUGUGCAGAAAAGUGGGAAAACUGGAUCAGACGGCUUCCGGAUGUUGAAACCGUGCGAAUUCCUCGCUAUUUCUUUCGUAGGAGCUGUUCAGUAGACUACGGCAGCCUGCAGUUGCAUACGUUCACCGACGCGAGUCAAGACGCGUACGGGACAGCUGUGUAUCUCCGGGUAGAGACGACCGAAGGACCAAUAUGUUCGCUUGUGAUGUCGAAGUCAAAGGUUUCACCACUACAGCACAUGUCAAUUCCCCGUUUGGAGCUCCAAGCAGCUGUGUUAGGUGCAAGACUUGCCAACUCUGUCUCCGAUGUUCUUUCGCUUGAAGUGAAACGACGAUUCAUGUGGUCCGAUUCGAAAACGGUGUUGUCAUGGAUACACUCCGACCAUCGCCGAUACAAGCAAUUCGUGGCAUUCAGGAUCGGUGAAAUACACAGUCUGACGAAGCUCACUGAUUGGAGAUGGGUGCCAACGAAAUGCAACGUUGCCGACGCUUUGACAAAGUGGGGAAAAACGCACAGCCUUUAUUCUGACGGAUCUUGGUUUCGCGGUCCUGAAUUCCUUCGUCUAUCGGAGAAUCGUUGGCCAAAGCAAAUAGAAUUGAAACCGAAUGUAGCCGAAGAAGUACGAGCCUGUUUCCUAUUUCACGAGGUUAGAACGAUUGAAUCGAUGGUGGAGCCGCAGCGGUUCUUGAAGUGGAGGGUCUUAGUUCGAACGCUGGCGUGUGUCUUCAGAUUCAUCACGAAUUGCAAGCUGAAGAGAAAGGGAUUGCCGAUAGAAGCGGUUCCGACUAGCGCGGUGUUCGAGAAGGUGGUAAAAAAAGGCGCGCGAUCGAAGAUUGUACCGUUGAAGCGCGAAGAGUACCAAAAGGCAGAGGCGUAUCUUUGGAGGUCGGCUCAGGCUGAUUGCUUUGAAGACGAAGUCAGGACGUUGAAGAAGAACCGACAUCUACCGAUUGAACAGUAUCACCAACUGGAAAGGGCCAGUAGUAUUUACGGUUUGAGCCCGUUUUUGGACGCCGAGGACGUGCUACGUAUGGAGGGUAGAGCAGCACGAGGAUCGUCGCUGCCAUUCGAACUAAAGUUUCCGAUUAUUCUACCGAAGAAGCAUCCGGUCACUGAUAAGCUGCUUGAUUAUUAUCAUCAACAAGUAGCUCACGGGAACGCGGAGACUGCCGUAAACGUGACACGCCAACGUUUCUACAUUCAGGGACUGCGCGCAGAGUUGAAACGUAUCGCAAGGGACUGUGUGUGGUGCAAGGUGCACAAAUGUCGACCGACGACCCCCAGAAUGGCUCCACUUCCGGAAUCGCGUGUUACGCCGAAUCUUCCGGCAUUCAGUCAUACCGGCGUAGAUUAUUGCGGACCUUUGACAGUAACUGUUGGCCGAAGAUCUGAAAAACGAUACAUCUGUCUAUUUACGUGUAUGACGACGAGAGCAGUACAUCUUGAGGUAGCGCACAGUCUGACAACUCAGGCAUGUCUGAUGGCUAUACGGCGAUUCGUGUGCCGUAGAGGGAAACCGCUAGAGUUCUACUCGGACAACGGUACGAAUUUCCAAGCAGCAAGUAAAGAGAUCAUGCAGCAGAUUGGGACCGAUUGUGAAAACGAGUUUACCGAUUCCAGGACACGCUGGAAUUUCAACCCACCCAGCGCACCUCACAUGGGCGGGGUUUGGGAGCGACUUGUUCGCUCCGUAAAAGCAGCUCUAACUGUAUUCGACGAUGGUCGGUCAUUGACCGAUGAAGUACUCCUAACGACUAUUGCAGAAGCCGAGGACCUGAUCAACUCUCGGCCUUUAACUUAUGUUUCUCUGGAGCCGGAACUAGAAGAAGCAUUGACCCCGAAUCAUUUCAUUCGCGGUGUCGGUGCUAUCAAUGCAGAGUGUUUCAUCCCGUCGACAAGCGAAGCCGAAGCACUCCGUGAUCGAUACAAACGAUCGCAGCGACUAGCAGAUAAGCUGUGGAUACGGUGGGUGUCCGAAUACCUGCCGUCGAUCAACCGACGGACGAAGUGGCACUCUGAGGCACCGCCACUAUCCCGUGGCGAAUUGGUGUACAUUACGGACGACGCGAUGCGGAAAAGCUGGGUCCGUGGCGUUGUGACGGAAAUCUACCCGGGAGCGGAUGGCAGAAUCCGUCAGGCGAUGGUUAUGACUGCUAAUGGUAAGUUUAGGAGACCGGUGACGAAGCUUGCAGUGCUCGAAGUGCAGGAUCGUAAAUCCGGUAAUGCUGAUUAG